AUGGCUUUUUCCGGAGAUUCUUCGUCUUCAUCAAUUCCUAGAUGGGAUGUAUUCUUGAGUUUUAGAGGUAAGGAUACUCGUAAAAAUUUUACUGCCCAUCUGUACGCAGCUUUGCGUCGAGAGGGAAUCCACACCUUCAUGGACGACAAGCUUAGAACUGGAGAGGAAAUUUCACCAGCACUCGUCAAAGCAAUUGAAGAGUCUGAGAUUUCAAUUAUUGUACUCUCUAAAAACUAUACAUCAUCCCGAUGGUGCCUGGACGAGUUAAUGAAGAUUCUCGAGUGUAGAAAAACAAGGAGGCAAAAGGUUUUACCGUUGUUCUACGACGUAGAUCCGUCGUGUUAG